UUACUACCACAACCUCAUAACACCAAGUUGUGGGUGAAAUGUUACUAUUUGAGUCCAGGAACACAUUCAUUUUCAUUUCUCUGUGCCAUUCCUGGUUUAGUGUAGGUUAGAGAACAUCCAGCUGCAAACAGGAAACAAGCUUUGACGUCCUGAUUUCCUCCUCACAUCAUCUGUGAGUCACGUUGGUCACACUGCCAGCUCCAGAAAAGGAGCUAAAGUUCAGGGAAACUUCUCUGCAAAACGUUAUCCUUUUUAUUCAGCCUAACACAAGUCAGCAAAUAGAUAAAUACAGUAAGUGUAGGUGAGUUUCUUCACCUCCAAAUCCCUUAUUUCCUCACUUCCAAAUUCCCUGUAUCAUUUCUCUUCAAAAGUCAAGCAUUUUUUAUUCUCUUUUCAAAACCCAUUGCUGGGUCAUCACUUCUGAGGCAUCUAUCACUUCUUUGCUGAAGGUGAAGUCCAGCACUGAAGCUGCAUCCUGUGCUCCACUGCCUGUGUGCUCUGCCACAAAGCAAAGCAUCUCAUAAACUAUCAGUGGAACAACUCCUGUAUCAGCUCUCCUGUCUGUGGGAAGAGUAGAAAGCAAAGGGGGGAGCUACAUUUAUGUACAUGAAAGUACUGUUUGAAUGUGCCUCCUGUUCACUCCAGAUAUAAGGCAACAGGAUGGAAUUCUUAUCUCUCUUACUGUCAUAGGCACUGCUUUAAAAUGGAUUGGUAUAAUACUCUCUCCAGUUUAGCAGUCAAUCCCUGCCUGUUCACAUCCAGCACGUCUUCACAGGGGGUAGGUCACCUUUUCAGUCGUGAGUCACUGCUCAGCUUCUCAACAAAGACAUAGAUUUCAGGUCAUAAGGCCACAGAUCUAAUAAACAUGCAGGAAAUUUUAGUAAUGAUAAAAUCAGUCCCUUUAAAGUGUACAAGAUGGACACAAGCCAGUUUUUGGCUUGCAUUGUGGCUCUUGGGCUAUUAACAUUUGCUCCACACAAAGAUUUCGGACACGGUGAACUUUUCCCUCCAGCACAGCUGAAGCCAUUCCACAAACACCCUCUCACCCAUUGGCCCAGCAGUAGCACCCUUCCCCUCCAUAGGAAAGGCCCUGGCAUAUAAUCCCACCCACAAUCUGCUUUAUAUAAGGCCUGGUUAGAAAAUUACUUCUUCAUUUUUGCUUUUUUGACUGGAUCUUCCUUCUGCUGUCUGGCAAUGCCUGUGGAUUUCAGUGGAACCUGGAACCUUGUCAGCAAUGACAACUUUGAAGGUUAUAUGGUGGCCUUAGGUAUUGACUUUGCAACCCGCAAAAUAGCCAAAGUGCUGAAGCCUCAGAAGGUGAUCAAACAAGAUGGUGAUUCGUUCCAUAUCCACACCACCAGCACAUUCAGAGAUUAUUUGCUGGAGUUCAAAGUGGGACAAGAGUUUGAAGAGGAUAAUAAAGGCUUGGAUAACAGAAAAUGCAAGAGCCUGGUUACCUGGGAAAAUGACAAACUUGUCUGUGUCCAGACUGGUGAGAAGAAGAACAGGGGCUGGACUCACUGGCUUGAAGGAGAUGACCUUCACCUGGAGCUUCGUUGUGAGAACCAAGUGUGCAGACAGGUCUUCAAGAGAGCUUGAAUCUGGGUGUUGUCCUGGCUCCUCCCUGCAGAGACAGCUCUACCCAGGAGACCACACUUCAUGUCCAGGGAUGGCCCUACAGACAAGAGCAGAUCCCUUGUGCCUGUUAACCUGAAUGGUCUGAUGUUUCUGGCUCAGGAAAUAAGUGUGCUGUUGCCAGUGUCAAAAAUCUGAUUUUUGCUAAUAAAUACCCCAAACCAAACUCACCUCAA